GCGUCCUCUUUUCUUUGAGGCUCCGCUAGUGGCCGGACUGCUAAAAUGCAGAUCUUCGUGAAGACGUUGACGGGGAAAACCAUCACUCUUGAGGUUGAGCCCAGCGACACAAUCGAAAAUGUCAAGGCGAAGAUCCAGGACAAGGAAGGCAUUCCCCCUGAUCAGCAGCGUCUGAUCUUCGCUGGCAAGCAGUUGGAGGAUGGGCGCACACUGUCAGACUACAAUAUCCAGAAAGAGUCCACCCUUCACCUAGUGCUGCGCCUGCGUGGUGGUAUCAUCGAGCCCUCUCUCAGACAGCUGGCUCAGAAAUACAACUGCGAAAAGAUGAUCUGUCGCAAGUGUUACGCUCGUCUUCAUCCCCGUGCUGUUAACUGCCGCAAGAAGAAGUGUGGACACACCAACAACCUGCGUCCCAAGAAGAAGCUGAAGUAGAUAUUUGGACUGUGGGCUAUGUAUGACAUCUUGUUAAAAUAAACAGUAGAAAAAGA